AUGAGCGAAGCAGCCCAACAAGCGGGAGUCCCUCUUCCUCCACCAACAGAGAUUCAGCUCAAAGCACAGGCAGCAUCCGUGCCCGUACAAUUGCCACCGACACCACCAGAAACAGACUUCGACAGUGAUGACAGCAAAUCAACAACGUCCACAGCACCAACAGAGCUUGACAUCCCUCUACCGCCACCUUCACAGCAGCAACAGGUCCUGGACGUUGAUAAGCCAACGCCCGAUGCACAUGUUCCCAGAGACCCAAGACUCAUCCGACUGACGGGUGUGCAUCCUUUCAACGUCGAAGCCCCGCUUAGCGACUUGUACAAUGAAGGCUUUCUGACAAGUCCGGACUUGUUCUACGUACGAAACCACGGAGCUGUUCCUGAGGUUCAGGACUCGGAGUGUCUGGACUGGGAGUUCUCAGUCGAAGGUCUCGUCCAGAAUCCCUUGAAGAUCACAUUACGUGAUCUGUUGCAAGAGUACGAGAAUGUAACAUAUCCAAUCACAUUAGUCUGUGCAGGAAAUAGGCGAAAGGAGCAGAACGUAGUACGAAAGAGCAAGGGAUUCUCGUGGGGCGCAGCUGGUGUGUCCACGGCACUCUUCACAGGUGUUGUUAUGAAAGAUGUCAUCGAGCGUGCAAAGCCUCUGCGAAAGGCCAAGUAUGUGUGCAUGGAGGGUGCAGACAAACUACCGAACGGGUACUAUGGCACAUCUGUCAAGCUGAACUGGGUCAUGGACCCGAACAGAGCCAUCAUGCUCGCUCACAAGAUGAACGGCGAGCCGCUAACACCUGAUCACGGAAAGCCACUGCGAGCAGUCAUUCCCGGACAGAUUGGUGGGAGAAGUGUGAAAUGGAUCAAAAGACUGAUCGUCACGGCUGAGCCUAGCGACAACUGGUAUCACAUUUACGACAACAGAGUACUGCCCACCAUGAUCGACCCAGAUGAGUCGGCAAAGAACCCCCAAUGGUGGAUGGACGAACGCUACGCUAUCUACGAUCUUUCGCCCAACGCGGCCAUUGCCUUUCCCGCGCAUGAGGAGAAGCUAAGUAUAGCAUCGGCGCCGGAAACCUACAACGUUCGAGGCUACGCCUACAGCGGUGGUGGGCGCCGUGUCACCCGCUGCGAAGUAUCCCUAGAUAAGGGCAAGACGUGGCGGCUCGCCAACAUCGACUACGCAGAGGACCGAUACCGCGCAUAUGAAGAUAAGAACCUCUUCGGCGGACGCCUUGACAUGGACUGGCGAGAAGCCUCCUUCUGCUGGUGUUUCUGGAACCUCGACAUCGCCACCAGCGAAUUGAAGGACACCAGCGACAUCCUCAUCAGAGCCAUGGACGAAGCCAUGUGCAUCAUGCCGCGCGACAUGUACUGGAGCGUACUUGGUAUGUUGAAUAAUCCUUGGUACCGCAUCGCCAUCCACAACGAGCACGGCACAUUGCGCUUCGAGCACCCUACACAACCCGCCCUCAUUCCCGGUGGCUGGAUGGAGCGCGUCAAGAAGUCGGGCGGCAAUCUGAGCAACGGGCACUGGGGCGAGGCUAUCGCUGGCGAGGAGCCCGAGUCCGCCGCAAUCGAGGAGGUAAAAGAGAUCAAAAUGACCAAGGACGGUGUUGACAAGAUCAUCGAGCUUGAUGAGCUGAAACAACACGAUAAGGCUGAGAAUUCGUGGUUCGUAGUCAAUGGCGAAGUCUACGACGGCACGCCCUUCCUAGAAGGCCACCCCGGCGGCGCACAAAGCAUCAUCAGCGCCGCUGCACUCGACGCUACAGACGAAUUCAUGGCCAUCCACAGUGAGACCGCCAAAGCCAUGAUGCCGGACUAUCACAUCGGCACUCUCUCCCCUGAGUCACGCAAGACCCUCGAAUCCGGCGAACCAACACUAGAAUCCACCGAGCUCCAGCCCGUAUUCCUCAACCCUCGCGUCUGGCAAAAAGCCCUUCUGUAUUCGAAGAAGAGUGUGAGCUGGGAUACGAGAAUCUUUACCUUCAAGCUCGAUUACGAUGAACAGCAACUCGGUUUGCCAACAGGCCAACACUUGAUGAUCCGCCUGCGCGACCCGGUAACCCGCGAAGCCAUCAUCCGCUCAUAUACACCCAUCUCCGAAACCAGCAAGACAGGCUACAUCGACAUCCUGAUCAAGGUUUAUGGCGACGUACCUGCUACUGCUGACACGCCGGCGAAGGUUGGCGGCAAGAUGACCAGAGCGCUGGAUGCGAUUCCCACGGGGCAUUGGGUUGAUAUGAAAGGGCCUAUUGGUAAGUUUGAGUAUCUGGGUAGGGGGAAGUGUAGCAUCAACGGCAACUCCAGGAGUGUAAAGAAGUUCAUCAUGAUAUGCGGCGGCAGCGGUAUAACGCCGAUCUUCCAGGUCCUGCGCGCUGUCAUGCAGGACAAAUCCGAUCCUACGACUUGUACACUUCUCAACGGCAACAGGCUCAUCGAGGACAUCCUAUGCAAAGAGGAUCUGGAUGCUUUUCAAAGGAGGAACGAGGAUAGGUGCGAGAUACUCUACACCUUGACGCAGGGACCGGAGGAUUGGCAGGGGUUGAGGGGUAGGAUUGCGGGACCGCUGCUCGAGAAGCACUGCACGCAGGCGGAGAAGGGGGAUACAAUGCUUUUGGUGUGUGGGCCGGAGCCGCUUGAGAAGAGCGUUAAGAGUUGGUUGUUGGGCAAUGGGUGGGCGGAGGAGGAUUUGCUCUUCUUCUAGGUGGGGAUCUGGAAGAACUGAAUUUCGGUUUGCAGAUGAAGAAUGGCGUUUUGUCAUGUUUAUCUUGGGAUGUUCGAAGGCGUAUGCCUGGGCUACAUGGG